UAUAUUAAUUUUUUUUUUGAUAAGGGAGAUCACCUGGAUCAUGAUGACAUAAUGUUCCGAAAAGGAGAAGAAGAAGCUGAAUUUGGAAAGAAAUCUUCCAGUGAUGAAGAACUAUCUAAGGGAUCAGAAGACGCAACGAUUUAUGCUCAUAAGAGGUGGACGUUACCUGUUCCCUAUCAAAUCGAAAGAAGCUUAGGUUCAACGGCUAGAUCUGCAAUUUCAAAGGCCAUGAGCGAGUACAGUUUAAAGACGUGUAUUACCUUCCGUAAGAAAAAAUCUGGAGAUACUAGCUAUUUAUCAUUUUAUAAAGGAAAAGGGUAAGUUACGCCGACACUGUUUUUCC